ACGGACUGCCAUGAGGAUAGCGGCGACUACGUCUACUUCACCAUCUUGUCACCAAAUGGUUCGCUUGCUCUAGGAUCCAAGGAGGAGAAAGCACUUCACUACGUUAAGACUCAGUGGCACCUUAGCUACCCCGGGGCCUUACGCAAGGCAUUGUUUAACGACCCGGAGGAAUUUCCUGGCUGUCCCAAUGGACAUUGCAUCAGUAGGACAAUCCCUGGUACCAACCUCCGCCUGGAAUAUGUCAGGAACCCGAGAGUCUUCAGAGCCGGUUGGCACGAAGGAAACUGCGGAUAUCUGGAUGGCAUUCAGAAAGUCAACAGGUACCUUGUCGUUCGACUAGGCGACUUCGGAUACCUCUCCACAGGCGCCGCGCCACAAAUUCCAGUGAUAAACUUUGUGGAGCAGCAGAUG